UACAAGGCAACAUCAAAUAAAAAUAACUGAUUCGGUGAUCAUAAAUGCACUCCAAAAAUAAAAAAGGGUUAAGAUCAUAAAGUGUUGUAUGUACCAAACAUUCUUUUUUAUGUACGAAUAAUGGGUACAUAUAGGAGUGGUCGGGGACUCUGUAAGUAAUUAAGUAAGUAAGUAAGUAAGCAAGCAAGUAAGCAUGUAACCAACGAAGUGACACGGUUUCUGUAACAGAAUGCUAUGUUAAGAAUUCCAAUUUUCUUCUAACUAGUGUCCCCCUUUCUUUUGCUUGCGGCUAUGAAAUUAUGUUGACCCAACAUCAUCAGCAAGUCAAUUUUGCUAAUUCUUAUUUUGGCCGUGCCAAAAGAGAAGUUGGCACAGUUUCAAAGGAAGCUGCAGCACACAAUUCAGCAAUUGUGCAUUCAUACAAAGGAGGAAAUGGCUAUUGUAGGAAUUUAAGGUUUUCUAUUUGAUAAAAUCUUCAAUUCUCCAUGAAACUUUUCUCACACCAUUGGUUGAAUUGCAAUUAGCUGUUUUGUCAAUUGAACAGUGCCUAGAUGGAGGUAUGUCAUGAAGAAAUUUCCAGAAUCUGUAAAGCUGUUGAAAUGUUCACCUUCAGAAACAUAUACUACAAUGAUCACAAGCUGCUUUUUCUAACUAUAAAACUUCGAAUGAAACCAUUAAUUCUUCAAGUUUGCCUUUGCAUAAUCAUGAACUAUUGUGAAUGAAUGCAAAUGGCUGUGAACAAGCGUUAAUCGCCAUGAAGCAAUGUUAAUUGUCAAUGACAAUCAUCAUGAGUCAUAAUAAAUCUGCAAAGGUCAUCAUAAAUCAGCUCAAAUGAUUAUGAGUCUCUAUAAACAUUUGUAAAUUGGCAUACUGUAAAAGCUCUAUUAAGCCUCCUCUCUAUUAAGCCCCAUCACCAUGCCAAAAUUUAAUAUAAGCCCCCUUCUCUAUUAAGAACCCAUCUUUAGGACCCUGACUUCAAACAAAGAAAACAUGCCCAUUGAGUGGGUCUCUUGACGCAGGUGAUGGUGAUAAAUCACAUGCAUUAAACACGGCUAAUGUAAAGGACACUGAUGUUUAGUCUUUCAAAGAAAUCCCAGAACAUUGUCACAUUUCUAUAAUAUGUUUUAUUUUGAAUACUUAAUGGCCCCCCUUUCAAAUAAGCCCCCCUCUAGGACUGAAAAAUAAAACAGCCCUCAGGGGCUAAAUAGAGCUUUUACGGUAAAUUAAAAAGAAUCAGCCUGAGAGAUCAUACUCCACCGUCAUUGACUAUGUCAACGAGAGUUAGCUCUCGCUGAGACACUAUAUUCUCAUAGUUAGAAAAUUUUGCUUCUAAAACUAUUACACCACUUCACAACAACUUAAUUUUUUUAAAUUUCAGAGUGAUAUUCCAGAGGAUCAAAAUAACCAUUUUAGUUUACUCAUGAUUAAGUUUUUUUAAACUCAGAAAGGAUACAACAACCAUGCACUUAUUGCCGUCAAUACCAACAUUGUUUGUAUAAGGCUGAAAAAAGAAGAAGAGAGAUGUUUUUGGUAAGACAUCAAGUUCUGUAUGCAGAAAAGUUACUUUAUAAAAAACCUUUUGACUUCAAAGGAAGGUCACAAUCAGUUUGUCUUUCCACAUCUGUUAUUUAGUUGCCUAUUCUAUCACCUGAAAACAAUUUUAACUAUUUCAAAUUAAAUGCCUAUUUUCAUUUGCAAUUGAAGAAUAAAUUCAAAUGAGCAUCUUAUAAAGAGCAACUAUUCUCUGCAGACUGGUUGUUCACUGAAUAGUUUUAUGAUCUAGCUUAAAAUGUAUGGCCCUUGCACUUUUUAGUUAAACAAAGACAAAAAGUUUGCACUUUAAAAAAUUGCAGAGCCACCUUGAAUGCUUGACAACUUGUGCAAAAUAGACAUAUGUACAAAUAAGUAUCUAUGAUAGCAGUCACAUAACAUAAAGCUUCUGCUGCCUACAACUGCUUAUUUCUUGAAUUUUUUUUCUUUUUGAUUGUUUAUGAAAAGUAAAAUGAAAAUGAUUUGGGUAUGUCAAGGCAACAAUGUGAUUUGCUGGAAAAUCUAAAUAAUGUCUUAAAAACAGGUCAUGAAAAAUCACAUUUUGUUAACAAACAAAAUGCAUAAAUACUACAUUGCUUUGCUUCAAAGUCAAACACAAAACGACACUAUAUACUUUCGCCGGACAAUUUUAUCUUUAGCCUUCUGGCAAGUGGUACAUUAAAAAUUUAGCCUGAUAACUCUGUGGAAGACAGCAAGAUCCUGACUCGCCCUAUUAGGCCUAGCCAUCGAAUAAAUACAGUAGUCUUUAUUGAAGUUUGAAAACUUACCUUUUGUUUGGGCCUCUAACAAAGCACGGAGCAACAGCACCAACUCCCAGCCAGAUUAAGGUUACUACAACAAAUGGAAUGACUGCACUAGCCAUCCUGAAUGAGCAAAUCAACAACUUAAUGUUCUCCUCUUCGACUCGCUCGCGAAGAAGGUCAUCUGAUGGCAGGAGGUUUGGUAACUAGCGGGAAGGUUUGCAAUACAACAACAACUACAAUAACAAAGUCUGACAUGGCGACUCAAAUAUGGAGCAUUAUAUGAACUGUGCUAGAAUAAUGGUAACGUUACCCAAAGCAUUGUGAUCAACAGCAAAAAGAUAUAAUGGAUUUACUAAAGAUAUAAUUUCGUAGCAAGAUGGUAGCUGGUUGCUGCAUAGUAUUGCUCUGUGGCCUUCCAGGGGUCGGAAAAUCAACAUUUGCUUUGAAGUUGAUCCAUGCAUUAUCACAGACCAAUAAUCACAAAUCAAUUGAAACAUUGAAAAAAGAAUUUUCAAGUUCCAGCUCAGUUAUUCAUACUAUUUAUUUAUGUUUUGAUGAUAUCAUUCCUGAAGGGCUGUAUUCUGAUGUUGGGAUGAGCCAUGACAAAAGUUUAAGCGGGAAUGCAAGCGAAACUGCCGGUAUAACAUGGAAAGGUUACAGAGGGAAGAUUCAUGAAAUUCUUAGUUUGUUCCUAGACGUACAAUCUGACAAUAAACUAUUAUAUCUUGAAAAAGAGCAUUCACAGCUAUUGAAUGUGUUAUCACAAUCAAUUGAGAUGAUAAAACCUGGAUACGUUUGCAAAUGUUGGGAAUCUGCCAUGAAGGGGGAAAGAUGUGAUGGUGAUGCAAGACAUGUCAUUGUUAUUGAUGAUAACAUGUUCUACAGUAGCAUGAGGUACAAGUAUUAUCAGCUUGCAAGAAAGUAUGCGAUUGGUUUCCUAGAAGUGCAUCUUCUUUGUGAUAUGGAUGUUUUACUGCGGCAGAAUUCAAGUAGAUCAACUCAAGUCUCUGAUGAUACAAUUCGUCACAUGUCUUCUGUAUUUGAAGCCCCUGAUCCACACAAAAAUAAAUGGGAAUCAAAUUCUUUGAAAUACAACACAACACAGGAUAUGUUUGAAAUCAAGCAAUUAGAAGUCUUCAAGCUCAUUAAUUACUGUUUCGAAAAUCCAGAGCAGCCCUUUGAGGAGGAAAAUCCAGCUGAGAAGGAAACAGCUUGUCAGGUCAAUUUGACAAAUAUCAUCCACCAAGCAGACCAGGUUAUCCGAAAGGUGAUUUCCACCGAGAUCAAAAGGCUUAAAGGUCUGCAUUUUCCCAAGGAAAAUUUGCAAAGAGAAUCAAUGUUAUUGAACUCAAAAAGAAAGGCUUUUUUGAGCGCAUUAAAGAAAUCAAGCACGGCUUUGCAGAAACUGGAUUCAAUGAUGGCCAACAACGGUAGAAAUAAAAAUUUUGAAGUGGAAAUCACCGAUGAGGUAUGUGAAAUGGCUUCUAGCGGUUUGAGAUGCCACGACUCUCGUAUAGCGCCCGAAAAGUGUCUUGCUUCUGUUGACGUCAGUAGUGAAUUACUGCCAUUGAAAGACGAAAGUUUUGAAGGAGAAGUACAAGAUCUUUUUAAUGAUUACAAUCAAGAAGACUUCAUCAAUGCAACACGUAUUUAGAUAAGUAUGGGUGUAACAUAGGACAUGUAUUUUGACUUGAUUAUUUCAUACAAAGCAUGAGAAUCUCUCUAAUAUAAUCCAGUCUUUUAUCUUGUUAUUUUAAUUUUCAACUUAUUAUAGCUAUUGAAACCUCUUGUAAGGUUCAUGGUUUUUGCUAUAACGUUUAUUAUCUAAACCCAAUUUCAGAAUGUUUUUAGGCAUUUGGCAUACACAAGACCAAAUCCAUUUUUCUAUGUUUUUCACAAAUAAGGUGUAACGACAGGAAUCAAAACUAGUAAUCAACACAUUCAAGUCAAAACAAAUUUCUUGCAGAGUGAAAGCCCAGCUGUUUGUUUCUUUUCAUCAAUCCUUUAUAAAUUAGUUGUUUAUCGUGUUAAGGGAAGGGAUAUCCUAUUUUCAAUUUUUUUGGAUCUCAUUAUGUGAACAUAGCAUUAUCACUUAACAAUCAAAUUUCAUAUAAUCAAAUGAAACUUCAUCACAGAGUUAUCCGUUUCGAGAACUAGGCGCGCUGUCGUCUUAAAGAACUGUUUUGCGUCCUUUUUACGAGGGUAGAGUAGGUCAGUCUCCUCACAGAUUCUGAUUGUUAUAAACAACUCCAGGAGACUGUUUGAAAUGAGAACAUAAUGAAAAGCUUAUAUUAACCGCAAAAAAUUAUGUCGUUACAAGUGUUAUGCUUGGACGAAGUUUUCGUCAACCACUUUCUUAAAUGAGACGAAAUUUUGCCACGACGACAUUUUUCGAUUCUAAGAAUUCUGAGAAUCCGCUAAUUGAAACUUUCAUAUGGGGGCAAAAAUCUAGCUUUCUCAUAAUUAUGUUGUAGGCAUUGCAAAUAACAUUAGUGAUCUUGUACUAGUCGUCAUUAUAAAAAUUAUCAUCAUCGUCAUCAUCAUCAUUUUUUGUUUUGGAACUGAGUUUAUUUUUAACAUUGUUCGAUAAAAAUAAUUCUUACUGUCUUUUCUACCUAUUUAUUUCUUUCUUUCGCUAAAGUUAUUUGCGCCUUUCGUCAAAAAUUUUAAAUUUAGCAGAAAGCAACAAUUUUACGAGCACCUUUUGUUAUUGGCGAUGGUCUGUUUUAUUCUUGGUCUGUUUGUCUGUUUAUGGUCUGUUUGCAACUUGGAAGUAUCCUUCUAUUUCUAAGAAAAACAACACUGCUAUGGAUGUUUCUCAUGGAACAUGACCAACAGUAGGCUUUUAAAAAAGCAAACAUUUUACAGCAUACUGGAAGCUUAUUCGUCUCAGAGUCAAAAUAAGCGCCCGAACAAGAACAAGAUGAAAAAUAUGUACCCGGUUGUGGAUCGAAAUAGGCCAAUCAGAAAGAUGCAAGCACAUCACCGGUAUAGUUGUCCGAUCAGUACCGCGUGCCUAUAGAAAAAUAUCCCCUUCAAUUCAAGAGAGAAAGCGAAUUCCUUCUGUAUACACAAUAGUGGCUUAUUCACAACUGUAGCUGUCACAAGCCUGUCUGCUCUUCCAAGCCACCCUGUCAGGGCCAUGUUCCACUUCGACUUAUUUUUUUUGCAGUAAGUCUUGUGGGGUUCUUCCACACCGACUUUCCUUUUUGAAUUGUUUCUAUCUUGCAUCCGAAAGUAGUUUUUAGGACAAUGAGAAGCUAUUUUUGUCCAGAAAAGAGCUCUGGCUCUUCCUUUCAUGAUUCCUGUGUCUGGAAUAACUGAGAGCUGGCAACUGCCAUUACUCUUUUUGAAAGUCUGAUCAUGAUAGAGACUCAAACUACUUGCAAUUUCAGCUCGAUUCAAGUUCUUUCCAUUUUACAGAUUCUUUUAAAGAAAUGGGAGAUUGUUUUUUUUAUUGCCUUGC